AUGCGCGUACUAUACCAGUACCCGUGCGAAUGCACGGGAAAACCGAUAGAUUUUGGUGGAUCUCUAGGUAGAGAUGCAGCUACGGGAAGAGGAGUCCUCUUUGCAACAAAGGCUUUACUGAAUGAAAAUGGGAAAAUUAUAGCUGGACAACGAUUCAUUAUUCAGGGUUUUGGAAAUGUAGGUUCUUGGGCUGCACAAUUGAUUGAUGAGAAACCUGCUAACCAUAUAGCAAGAAUUGGAAAGAUGAAUAAGAGCAUGUUUUAUAUGGUAGUGGUAAACAAGCGGCAAAAACAUAUAUGUCAAUGUGGAACUGGUGGGGAAAAGUUUCUGGAGACUCAUUCAGAGUUUGCGAAAACAUGCUCUGCUGAACCUUCCCUUUCUUCUGGUACAACUGCAUUGACUGCAAUUAUAUUUGGAAGGUCUUUACUCGUGGCUAAUGCCGGAGACUGUCGUGCUGUUUAA